UUUCGCGAGAAUUAAGCGAUAAAAUGUCAUUUGCCGGAGAAACUUUGUCGGAUGACGAAGAUUUCAAAAAGGUAACCGAGGCUAAUUUCCAGAAGAUCCGCAACAAAUCCAACAAGCUCGGUUACGCUGAGGGUCUUUCUGACGGAAAAGAGGCGAUCUUUCAAACUGUUUUCGACAAUGGAUAUACUCAUGGAUUGCGUACAGGAUUUGAACUCGAGAAAUACCGAUCGUUCUUCGAAAACCUGAGCAUUUUAAAAGUUCAAAAUGAGGAGUUAAAUAAGGAAAAAGCGCUAUAUUCAAAAAUGUCAGUGGAUAUUGCAACAGAUCCCAGUCAUUGCUAUUUUGCUAAGCAUAACAAAGAACCCCUUGAUGCAAUUACCCAUCACCAAAACACUUACGUGGAUACAUUUUUGAGACAGUGUCAACAAACACUGCCACUAACAACUAAUUUAUUAGCGUCGCAAAAGUAGAGUAGAAAUUAAUUUUACGAUAUUUUAAAAUAAAUCCAGCCUAAAAAUUAUAAGUAUAAUCCCUCGACUGUGCCUUCCUUUUUGCGAUACAAAACACUCUCCUUAGAUUUUUUGAAGUCUUCGUUGGUGACUUUCAUGCGUCGUUCACGUAGGGCCAUCAAACCGGCCUCUGUACAAAUAGCCUUGAUAUCCGCACCGGAGAGGUCAUCCUUGGCCAUUAUCAGUUCGUGGAGGUUCACGUCUUCAGCUAAAGUCAUGCGGGAAGUAUGAAUCGUAAAAAUCCGGCGCUUAGUUUUCUCAUCAGGAAGUGGAAAUUCAAUUUUACGGUCAAUACGGCCGGGACG